GAAUAUCAUUUCACUUUGAAAUGAACCUUCUUUAGCAACAGUCACUCUAGGAGUGCAGUUUCAACCAUCGAUGUGUGUAAAAUAAUAUAUUUAUUAUUAAAAUGUCGCUUAUUUUGAAAGCUGCAGUGAGAUUAUAUUAUUAUUUAAAUGAAGAUAUUGCAGAUCCGCGAACCCAUAACUGGUACCUCAUGAGAACGCCAUGGCCCGGGGUAGCCAUCAUCGUACUCUAUCUGGCUUCUGUGUUCUACUGGCUGCCGGCGUUCAUGCGCACGCGGCGCGCUUACGACCUGCGCGGCGUCAUCGCGAUCUAUAACGCCACACAGAUUCUGCUGUGUGGCUAUGUGGUUUAUAAAAGCCUCGUGCUGGGUUGGUUCAGCCACUACCGCCUGUUCUGCCAGCCGGUGGACGAGGGCCCUAACAGCGUGGAGUACGCGUGGCACGUCUGCUACGCGUACUUCUACAUCAAGAUCUUUGACCUACUGGACACGGUAUUCUUCAUAUUGAGGAAGAAACAAGGACAAGUGACGUUUCUGCACGUGUACCAUCACUUCGGUGUGAUAAUGGUAGCGUGGGGCAUCACCAAGUGGGUGCCAGGCGGGCACAUGACAAUGCUGGUGACCCUCAACUCGUUCGUGCACAUGGUGAUGUACACGUACUACCUGCUCACGUCGUGGGACGAUUCCUACAAGCACUCGCUCUGGUGGAAGAAACACGUCACGCAACUCCAAAUAUUGCAGUUCGCAUACCUGAUGGUUCACUUCGGCACGCUGGCGGUGAAGCGCGAGUGCGACUACCCGCGCCCCUGCGCCUACAUCAUGUUCCCGCAAAACUUCUUUAUGCUGCUCAUGUUCGUCGACUUUUAUUAUAGGACUUAUAUUAAGAAACCUAACAAGUAG